AUGGAUUUGGAGAGUGAGAGCUCUGCUCUUGAGGCGUCUGUUGAAGUUAAUGGCUUGAUUGGUAAUGUUGAGACUAUAGAUGAUGAUAAAGUGGUCUCUGCUUCUGCUACUGUAGAAGCUGAAAUAGAUGAAAAGACUACUACUGACCUUGACAAGCCCUUUAAUUCACCGGUCGAGCCUAUUUCAAAGGGUUUUGGUUUAAGAAAAUGGAGGAGGAGGAGGAUAAGGAGAGAUAUUGUUAAAGAUGAUACCUCUGUGAACAUUAAAGUUCGUAAGAGGGUCUUGUCGGGAGCAGCUGAUCCGGAUGCUAAACAAAUGCAUUUCUCGGGACCUGAUGUCGAACAAGAUAGUCUUGGUUCGGUUGGCUCGGUGAAUAACAUGGUUGGUUUUGCUGAGUCUAGCCAUGGACCUGGGCUUGCUUUUGCAGCUGGGGUUGAUUCGGAUAACAGUGAGGAUCGAAGUAGCAGCAUGUCCUCGACUGCAGCCAGCGGUCCCAAGGUUAGGUGUGAUAAGAAAAUGGGUCAUUCUUGGGACAAAGAGAGAGCAAAGCAUUUGGGUGGAAAGAGUGUGAUUAGUUGGGGAGAACAAAGGAAGAUUAGGGUAGAGAAUGGUGAUAAGGGUAGAUGA